AUGGCCAUCGACACUGUCACUCCGGACGCAACGCACCUCACAUACAAGAACACGGAUGCCUUAUCCGCAACCUUCAAGAACCCAACAUCCUUCAAACUCCUCUACUUCCCUAUCAAUUCGAACGGUGCGACCAGUCGAGAGAUUCUAACCAUCGCACAGGCCAGAUGGGAGAACCUUGUUCCCAAGGAUGUGGUACUGGCAGAGGCAGGAGUGAUCGAACAGUACCUCGCCAAACAUUUCGACCUCAUGGGCAACAACGGGUACGAAGAGAACCUGAUCAAAUCUUUCCACUCCUCUACCGCCUCCCUCCACUCACUCCAUGCGACCACUGUUGCGUUUAUCCCUGAUUGGGAGGCACGCAAGAAGGCUAUGGAGACUUUUCGGGAUGGCCCUUUCACGCAGUGGGUUGCCAUUCAUGAUAAGCAUUUAAGGGAUAAUGGGUCUAAUGGCCACUACAUCGGUGAAAAGCUGACGCUGGCGGAUAUCAGGACGUCAAACCUGAUUGAACACCUGUUGCUCCAAACAGGGGCGGAGUGCUUGGUCGGUAUCAUCGAAAGAAGCUCCUCGCUUCGCAGACUCCAGAUUGAAGUUGCUCAUGAUUCUAGGGUGGACAAGUGGAGAUCUUCGCAGGCGUACAAGUCUUUGACGGAUGCGACUAGGCGGUACUUCUCGGACCCCUUUGCUCCAGUACCCAAGUUGUGA